AUGAACCAGGUUGUUUACUUCACAAACGCCCCUGAUAAAAUUUCAGGUAAGAUGCUGUUCGAAUGGAUAUUUCACGGUCUUAAGAUUUGCGUUUCUCCGAGUACGAAAUUUGAAAAAGACGUAAUUUACUACUGAAUGAGUACAAGGUAGUAUGUUUUUGACCAUGUUUUCCAAAAAUAUAUUGCAAUUCAUAAGGACGUCGAAAAUCAAUGGUAAAAAUGCAUGCUACUAAAGUAGCCACUUUUUACGGAAUUCAGUUUAAGCAGGCAGUCUAUGAGGGGCGGUUCCAAAGGCGGUAUCCUGCCGGGACUGAAAUAUCUUGGGAUUAUGCUGCACUAUAAUCAAUGAUACAACGCGCUUAAGUAACCCUGAUAGAGAGCGAGUUUCCGAAUGUUGAUUAAAAUUUCCUGAGAUCGGCCACUGUAGGUCGUCUUCCUGACGGCGCAGGUUCCUGUUAAUGUCUAAUAAUCUCGAAGUAUGUACUGCCUUUGCGCACACUGCAAAAGUUGAAAUGCGUGUUAAAUAUCUUUCAACUGCAACCGAGGACGCAUAAAUCUCUACUGUGAGUCCUAGGGGCUUGGAGUUCAAAUAGGGUUCACUUGAAGGAGUAUCGUCCUUUAACGGGCAAACAAGAUUUUCGGCUAAUGCUACUCUUUACCUCGUGAUGAAAAAUGCGGCUAGAAAGGGAAAAGAGUUAAGGAAAAAGUAGAAAAGUUUUUGUCCACACGAAGUAAGACCAUGCCGGCAUGGAACGCCAUGCAGUAGUAUUGCUCUUGAACUAGGCGGGCCCUUUUAUCCCACGUUCGACGACGAUGGCACGUUCCAAACCCUGCUCAGCUAGUCACCCAAACACACGUUUGCAGUCCAAAAUCGGGGUAUAGGCCAGGCCGCUAGACUUAGGAGGCUUCUUGGCGUUGAAAGAAGGCGUACUUAAGCAGUUGGUUAGUUUUGGCGAAAUGUGUUGGAACUAAUUAGCAACUUUUUGAAUCACACCGGUUGGCUAGCAAAUAUUGAACCUCUUCUUAUCAGACCGCGUCGAUUCAUUUUGAUGUCAAAGUUGCUUAAUCCUUCCUUUAUCCAUCUAAUGACCUCGUGCAACUGCAUUUACCUGCGAGCUCUCUGUAUGAUCGGUGUCUUAUUCUACGACCAUUACCUUUAACGCCAAGUCAAACCUUUGUCAUUUCCAGUACUUAUAUAUCAUGAAUUUGUGAGUUCAGUGCACAAACGUUCGUUGCAUCCAACCUGGUCCUCUUCCUUUUUUUAUCUUACAGGAAUGCGAGUCGCCAUUUACUCGGAUUUUGGAGCCGCCGCGUUAAGUGUAAAACAACUGCUGCAUUGCCUCCAAGAUGUGCUUCCCUCGCUGUCCGUGUUCACAGUCAAGAGCGAGUUUGUCAUCAAAAAUAGCUUUUCUGACUGUGACCUCUUCUGUGUUGGCGGCGGAUUCAGUCGCGGAGUUGUCCAGUCAAUGACGGACGUCGGACUGGCCAAUUUAAAGACCUACGUACGGUCGGGUGGAAAGUACCUGGGUAUUUGCUCCGGCGCCUAUUUGGCCUCUCGUCUGACAGAGUUUGCUGUAGGAAGCCCGCUGGAGAUAGUGGAUGCAGGAUAUCUCAACUUCUUCGAUGGUAACACCUCCGUCUGUUUACUUCUCUCUGCGUGUAGGCAUCGCAAGAGGUCCCCUUUAUAAGGAUUACGUGUAUAACUCGGAAAAAGGGAGCUGUGCAGCACGUGUGGAGGCAAAUGAAUGUAUCCAGACCGCUUUGCCGCCCGCUUUUGUCUCAUACUUCAACGGAGGUUGCGAGUUUUUGGACGUUCCUUCAGGUGACGCUUCUGUCUUAUAUCACUAGUAAGUCCUACGCGAGGCCCAUGCGCUGUGCUUGACGGUGUUUGCUUGAAGCUACUGCUUUCUAAUCCACUUUUUCCUUUUUUGCCUCCAAUGCUUUAUGCUAGCCGCCCGACACCUAUAACUAAGCGUCUUCUGCAGGCAUUUUACUACACCACUUCCGUCGUUGUUAUUCAAACUUCAGCAGUCAUCUCUAAUUGCCAUCCACAUAUCCUGUCUAAAUUUGGUGAUUUCAUAACUACCGUCGGUUCGUUAGUAGGGCAAGAAUUAGUUAUUUAGGCUGCACUGCAAUGUGGUAAUUCUCAUCACCAUUGCCGCCGGUUGUUAAGGGGUAGUCUUUAUGAUACUCGCUUUCCCAUCAGUUCUGUAGUUUAGAUUGUGAUGUUCAGCAGCUGGAUUUCAUUGGUGCUCAUUGACCAAUAGGCGUUCUGCGGAGGACUUGGAAGUAAUAUAUAAUUCAUUUAAAAAUGGAUCUCGACACAGUGCACUGCCAGACUCCUCCCCCUUCUUCUAAAUUCCCUGACAGAACUGAAAUGUCUGAACGCCCUCAAUCCUCUCCCCAUAACCACUGUUCAUUGUUUGCUUUGCCUAAGGAUGAAUAAUCAAAAAUGUACGUUCGUCGAACUAAACUUCUUCAGCCGUUAACGUGUGGACAGCGCCGGCGAACAACAAUUUCAGUGACGGCGAGUUAAAUGACCGAGUGAUUAUCACGCCAUCCAACACGGAUGAUGAAAUCGCAGUAAUUGACGACUCGGAUGUGGACUAACAAGCCAUCAUCGUACCAAUUACGACCCUCAGCAGUGAUAGCGAUAACUGUUAAUUAUAUUACGCAUGUGGUACCAUGGAAGCUACGUAAUAUAAAUGCCGCACUCCGUAUGCCUCCACUGUCCUUAUCUGCGGCUGCCUCUGAUGAUGAAUUCGCGCGAGAAUCCGAAACGUCAGGCCAGUAAACUUGUUCCUGUGACCGCAUCUUCUGCUUUUUCUAAACUGCUUACUGAAAUUCGCCUCUUCGCCCCUUUCGACUUCCUCAUCGCGGAAAUUAUGUUUUUUCUCUAUCGGCUGGCAGACAGACAUGUCUUCAAUAUCUGGACAGAGCCUCGGGAACUCCUAAGGUUUGCCCUUUGGGUCGAGGACCCUUAAUCAAACCGAUCUCAAUCCCCAUAUGGACUUCGCUAUCAACUGUACGUUGGCUCUGCGCAUAUUGUAUGUCACAUCGUGUCCAAGAUGGAUACGUGCUCCCUACCCUACUUCAUGCACGGUUUCUCGCCCAGUCACCUUGGUCUCCACUCAGUCAUUGGUGUCUCCCGAGGCCCCGAAAGUAUAACCUCAAUUUCAUAUAUGCCUAACCGACUGUCAGCAUUUUUUGUGUUCUGGUGGUUUAAUAGAAUUGGCCUGUUUAAAUGCAGGUAUGUUCUACUUUCGAGUGAUUCGCCAUAGCCUUUAAAGUUUUACCUGCAUCUAUACCCGUUAAAUGCUGUGGGGGUUAGUUUGUGUGUGGCACGUGUAGACGCUGUCAGACACUGCGUCCGAGCCAACCAUAUUCGGUCGUCUUUACACUAUCUUGCCACCAGAGCCAGGUGGGUGAGGGAUGGGGAAAGUGUGUUAGAUGCUUAGCAAGUCUGCCUCAUUAUAAACUAAUCUACACGUAAGUCGUCCUGUGGCUACUCUGUUAGGCACGCGAUGGUCAUGCAAACUAUAGACUCGGCAUAACAAUAGCUGACUUUCUGUUGAAAUACGUAUUGCAGACUGUUCACCGUUAAAGCACUGGCUGUCCGUUGGCAGAUUUUGAAUAGCACGCAGUUGGGUAACAAUCGGGAGAUGGCACCCAAAAAACCCGCCUAACCAAAGCAGCCUCUCUUACGGGACAGGUGGUAAUAGGGGUUUUAUGGAUGGUGGCUGGUCGGGAUGUACGAUACUAGCCGACGGAAAGCCUUAUUUGAACAGGUGAAUGAGCGAAGUUGUCCCGCUCUCCGUUCCGUUAUUACAAAAUGGAUCGCCAAAGGCAGUAUAGUGGUAACGGACGAAUGGAGGCGUAUAAUCAUCUUCCCUCAGAAGGUUAUCUACAUUUCUCUGUUGACUACUCAAAGAACUUCAAGGACUACCACCAGACCGCACACCAAUGCCAUUGAGGCAUACUGGAGUAGACUGAAAAGGAAACUCUACGAGGGAGGCCCUGUCGAGCUCUGUGGGCUCACAUAGACGAAGUACAGUACCGUCUUUGGUUUGGUCUAAAUACCAUGUCUUUGACAGAUGCCUGAGAACUGUUCCUGCCCCAUGUUUUGCAGACUUAUCCUAUUUAAAAGUGAUUUUGUUUUGUAAUAAACUGCCAUAAUGCGAAUGUAUGCCGUAUAUUCAGGUGUACGUGUGUAACGAUGGGGAAGGUUCGGUAACAGCGACCAUUGUCCAUGUAACCUCCUGCGAUGCUCGUUCAGCCAGCCCAUGUUAAGCCGUCGGGGAAAGUCCAAGUAGUGCGUGAAAGUAGGUCUGCAACCGCUGAUAUAGCCUGAAGGCGUUUGAGUCCACUUUUAAAGGUAUUAUUUCUAGGUAACGGAUUUUUUUGGGUGCCACCUCCCGAUUGUUGUCCGCAGUUGUUCCGCGGAAGUUGAUAAAAUUCAACUGAAUUAUCCACGCCAACAUUCAAACCGAACCUGAACGGACUUGUCCGCAGGACUUUACUUCAAGUUCACACGAUGUUAUAAGAAUGAGCACUGAACCUAAGCUCCAUCAACCAGCUCCAAUUAUGAGGGCUGUACACGGUCAAAUCACGACCGCUAUGCAGAGGCCUUUAAGAAUUUUUCAAGAAUUGUCGACUUUAUUGUGACCGUCAUGGAGGCUUGCUGGUGCUCUUACUCAAAUUUGAAAGGCGUCCUCGAGGAGUGAUCUCUUGAUGAACCCCCACUUAAAGUUCCUGUUUCAGAAGUAUUAAAGGGAAUUCGUUUUUCGCGCUUCAUCUUGCUAUUUUUGGUGAUUUCGCAUGACAAGCCAGCAGAAAGUUAGUCUUUCGUCUUUUUAGAAAACUUCACUAAAUUUCCAUCCCGUAAUCUCCUCCUAUUUUUAGCAGCGACCUGCGAACUCCGGCCAUAAUUCGUUGUCGUUUUGGUGAAGGAGAAGCCCUCCUCAGUGGAAUACAUUUCGAAUUUGAUCCCUUCUAUCUUGCUGAAAUUGAGAAGGAUCCAUAUUUUCUUCGAAUUCUACCUAAGCUGAAAGCGGGGGAUCCUCAGCGAAAGCAGUUCUGUAAAGCUGUUCUUGAAGACUUCUUGAACUAA